AUGGCAACAAAUUUUCUCUCAACAGCAAACCCUUUUCAUCUAGCAACACCAACAAAUGUUCGCAAAAACUCAAUCAUCAAAUGCAAUGUGAAAAGAGAAUCAACACUUUGCAAAGUGGUGAAUCCAUGUGUGACCAAAAGAGGCAUAUCCAUAGGUUUUGUCACCAGUUUGGUCCUUUCAUUGAGUGGUAAAGGUUUGUUUGAUGCUAAUGCUGCAAUACUUGAAGCAGAUGAUGAUAUUGAGCUUUUGGAAAAAGUGAAAAAGGAUAGAAUCAAGAGACUUGAGAAACAAGGUGUUAUCAGUUCCUCCACCAAAGAAACAGGGUAUCUUCAGGAUGUGGUGUACAAAUUGAGUGAAGUUGGUAAAGCAAUUGAAAAGAAUGAUCUAACUACAGCUGGUUCUGUCUUAGGGAGUGGCAAGGAUACUACUGAUUGGGUCCAAAAAGCCAAUAUUGCUUUGAAUAAGCUGAGUUCCAGUCCUGAAGAGAAGACUGAGGUGGAGACAUUCAAUUCUUCACUUGCUUCAUUGGUUUCAUCAGUUGCUCAGAAUGAUGUGAAGUCCUCCAAAAUUGCCUUUGUUUCUUCAGCAGCAGCAUUUGAGAAGUGGACCUCCUUGACAGGACUGGUUGGUAAACUUAAAGGGCUUUGA